UAAUAGAGUAAGAGACAAACACAAAACACGCACAUCUGUAAAUUGCAUUGUACGUUAUGUUUCUUCUCCUUAUUCGAUGUUUAAUUUUUGGGCUAUUCCCAACGUCAAUUUUUGCAUUUUUCAGUAUCAUACUUUGUGUAUUAAUUAUGAGAAUAAUAAUUUGAGAUCACUACAUUUUCCUUUUCUUAAUUAAUUUCCUCUUUCCGAGCAAUUAAAUUAAAGAAAAACAAGGGAUGUUCUUGAAUGUUACAUCGUAUUGACUUAGUAAGCACCUUAUUCUUUAACUUAUAUGGUCAACAAGAUGAUUGUUAUGAACGGUGCCUUAGUUGGUGUUCUAAGUUCGACCAAAUAUUUUAAUAAGAUAGGUAUUAUAAGCUUAUUGCGAAAUAUCAAAUAUAUUUAGAUUUUAAGACUAUAAAACUUCAUUUACUUAAUUUAGUUAUAAUUAUGGGUGUGAACUUAGAUCUCAAGUUGUAAUUCGCAGUUUUUUACAUUGUUCGGGGAUUUUAACGCAUGUCCCAAUGUCUAUGCAUGGCAGGUCCCCAAUAGAGACACAUGGCUUAUGGUAAAGUAAAAAUAGCUUAGAUUUGAAAUUCUCUUGGGUUCUUCUUCUUAGAUCUCCUAUAUAAACACUAGUUAGCCUUCUUCUAAUCUUCAUCAUUCUUGCGUACUUUGAUCUCAUAACUCAUUUUGAGAACAUUUUCGUAGCUAAGGGAAGAAAAUAAGAGAUGACCAAUGUCACUUCAAGCUUUCUGUGUUUGUUGAUCCUUCUUUUGUUUCGCCUCUCCUUUGGAUAUUCUCUUCAUGGAGGUAAGGAUGAAGUGUCAAGUGUUGACGUCGGUUCAAAUGCAAAGGUUAUGAAGCAUCUUGAUGAUAAUGAUGAUGAUGCAAUGAAGAAGGCACAAGUACGAGGAAGAAUUGGAGAAGAGUUUAGUAAGGAAAAGACAAAGAUGAUGAUGAAGAAGACAACGAAUAAAGAGACAAGUGUUGAGGAAGAGGAUGAUCUCGUUGCCUACACUGCUGACUACUGGAAACCAAGGCACCAUCCUCCCAAGAACAACUGAUCAAAUUUCUUAUAGAGAGAGACUCAACAAAAUGUUCCUUAUUAUAAUCAAUAUAAGAUGGUACAAUACAUAAAUGGGUAUUUGGGAGCUUUGUGUUUGUCGAUCGUUCUAAUUAUAGAUAAAAAGUGUUAUGUAUAACCAAAUUGUGUUGUCUCAAUGUUGUCAUUUUAUAAAAAGUGCCAAGUGGUAUGUAAUAACCAAGUUGUGUUGUUUUAAUGUUAUCCUUCUCUUAA